AUGAGGGCUCAAGCACGCGCAGUAUUGGCAAUUGCUGUGUUCUCAGCGGCGGCUCUCGCGUCUCCUACAGCGACUGCUGCAAACAGCUCUUGUACUGUGACGAGCUAUACAGAUGUCGCUGCGGCAACAGCAUCCUGUACAGCUAUCACUAUUCAGGACAUGACUGUUCCCAGUGGCUCGACCCUCGAUCUCUCGAAGCUGCAGACAGGAACGACCGUCACGUUCGCGGGCAAAACAACGUUCGAAUACUACGACGGCAACAUUGACCUGAUUAAAGUCGGUGGCACCGACAUCACCAUAACUUCCAGCCCGGGCGCCAUCAUCGACGGCAACGGACAAGCCUGGUGGGACGGCAUAGGUUCAAACGGCGGAAUAGCAAAACCCAACCACUUCAUAACCGUCAGCAAAGCCCUCGGCGACUCCACCAUCGCAAACCUCUACAUCCAAAACUGGCCCGUGCACUGCUUCUCCAUCUCCAACAGCGCGAACUUGCUCCUGACCAACAUCACGCUCAACAACGCCGCCGGCAACGCGCCGAACAGCCGCUCCGCCGGCCGCGCAGCAGCCCACAACUCCGACGGCUUCGACAUCUCGAGCUGCGCCAACCUCACGCUGCGCGACUCGCGCGUGCGCAACCAGGACGACUGCGUCGCCGUGACGUCCGGCGACAACAUCACGGUGUCGAACAUGCACUGCGACGGCAGCCACGGGCUCAGCAUCGGCAGCGUGGGCGGCAAGUCUAAUAAUAACGUCACCAACAUCCUCUUUGAGAACAGCGUAGUCUUGAACAGCCAGAAUGGCGCGCGCAUCAAGACGAAUGCGAAUACUACGGGCUACAUCGCUGGGAUCACGUAUCGCAACAUUUCGCUCGCCAAUAUCAGCAUUUACGGCAUCGAUAUCCAGCAAGACUACCUGAAUGGCGGGCCGACGGGCGAGCCGACGAACGGCGUUAUUAUCAGGGACAUCACGAUGGAGAAUAUUCACGGGACGGUGGAGGCGGAUGCGAAGGAUUAUUAUAUUCUGUGUGGGGAGGCGUCGUGCUCGGAUUUCGUGUUUAACGAUAUUGCGAUUUCGGGCGGGACGAACGAUAGCUGGAUGUGCAGGAGAAGUAACUAG